CCUAGUCUUAAGUAUCACAUCGGAAUGAAAUAAUAUAACGUAAAUGGAAUCACAAAUUCAUCGCUACGUAGAUAUCAAGAACAUGUUUAGCAGCUGUGUAUACUAUUUUACUGUUAGAAGCGAAUAACUUUGGAGUCAUGGCUUUUAAUUUAACUUUGGACAGAACAGCAAAUAUUACAAAUUGCCACCUGAACGGGACGUUAAAUAAGACGUGCCAAGAUCAUGGCCUACGACCACAAAUGGGACCCUCUUCUAUAUCAGAAGUCAUUCCGAUUUCUAUUUUAUUCUGCAUCAUCGAAAUUGUGGGAAUAAUUGGAAACAUACUUGUUAUUUAUGUUAUUCUUAGUGAUAGAAAAAUGCGCAGCUCUGUGACAAACAUGUUCAUUUUGAAUCUUGGUAUAUCGGACCUCAUCAUUAUGCUAGGAGGGAUACCCGAAAUUUCGUUUUUCAUGAUCAACAAGGGCUGGUUGUUCGGCGAAGUGAUGUGUAAGUUUCAAAGAUACGUUCUGGUUGUAUCGCUCUACUCUUCAGUGAUGACUCUAGUUGCUGUAUGCGUAGAAAGGUACAUCGCCAUUGUGUUCCCGAUCAAGGCACAUAUUCUAUGUAGCAGGACACGUACAAAGGCAGCUAUCGCCGUCAUAUGGCCACUAUCGGGGGUUCUCGCCAUACCAGUCCUACUAUUCAAUAGCACCAAGCAUAUAAGCCAGUCUGUGGUUUUCUGUAAGACCAUGUUUCCGGACCCCCAACACAGACUGACGUACAGUUACGUUGAGUUUACCUUGUUCUACGCACUCCCUAUGGUAAUACAAGUAGUUCUCUAUGCCAUAGUUGGUAAACGACUGUUCGCCGGAAGUGAAACACUUCACAGGAACGUAGGAAGCUCUGCGAAUGAAAAUGGUAAAGAUAAGGCAUCUGUUGCUAUCAAGGCAAGAAAGGGCGUGGUGAAAAUGUUGAUCGCUAGCGUAUUGAUAUAUUUCAUCAGUUAUUCACCACCGCAAGGACUACUCCUCUACAGGACAUUCUCAAAGACGCCAUUCCAUGCGACAUGGCCGUGGUUUGUGUUCGUUAUGACCAUGGCCUAUAUCAAUUCUGCCGCAAAUCCUGUACUGUAUUGCAUCUUCAGUCAGAACUUCAGGAAGAAAUUUGGGGCUAUUUUAGGUUGCUUUAAACAUGAAAAAGAAGGUUAUAUCCAGGCAAAGUCCCUCAACACCGCCUCGAGAUAUUAUAACAGUACCAUGAAGUCUACUGCAGUUACAGAAGCAUCGGUUUGAUUGUAACAUUGCAUUUGACAAAACAGUUUAUGGCGUAGCCGGGAUUUAAAAAUAGACGAGAAACAUUGAAAUUGUCGAGCCAACAUUUUUAAACCAAAAGUGGAUAUUAUACUCUUGUGGGACACAAUUUUCACAGAUUUACCUUGUCUUCGCGAAUGUAACUUUCGACUGUCAUUGCUACCGGAUCAACCUACUAUUUUAUGGGCAAUUCAUUUAAAUAUUAAUAGUACCUGCCACUAUUCGAUUCUUAUCUAAUUGAGUUAGUCAUAAAAUAGUGGGUUAAUCCGAGAGUCGACAGUCGAAAAUUACAUCC